AUGGAUCCAAGUUUGUAUCAACAACAGCGUCAACAACAACAGAACCGUGUUCCUUAUGGGAAUCCUCAAGGAUCAGCAACGGUAAUGAGUGCUGCUGGUGCGUAUCCUCAACCGUAUAUGACAGCUAACACGGCAUAUUUACAACAAGGUACUGGCCUCAAUCCAAUGAUGUCAAUCCCUAGUCGUCCUGUAUACCAAGUACCUGUCGCCUCAGUGGCAUCUAUGACAGCAAAUGGUAGAUCAGCAGCAAAAAGAGUUGCAAUAGGCUCAGGACCUCCUAUACCAACUCUUUUUUCAAAUAUGGGACAGACUCCUGGUCAGAAUCAACUUUAUACGGGUUUUCCUAGUCAACAAAUAAUAAAUGCAGGAAGGUCGACAGUUCCUACGCAAUCCUUUGUAAAUACUGAUAAUCAAAACAUGGAUAGUAAAUCAGCUUAUCAAAUAAAUAAAUAUCUUCAAUUGCAAGCAAAGUCAAAUUCUAUGGGAAAUAAUUUUAAUAGUCUGUUAAAUCAAAAUCAAUCCCCACAUCCACAACAAUCAAAUCAAGCGAUACAUAAUUCUAUUCAACAGGAAGAAAAUCAGGUAGAUUGGUUAGAUUUGGGAGAUGAAGAUGAUAUUCCGAUACAAAUUACACAAACUUCGCAUCAACGAGAAGAUACGGGAUAUAAUUAUUCUUCUAUUUCUUCUCUUCCUUUGCCAACAAAUAGCAUUUCUAGUAUUUCACAAAAUUUGUCUCCAAAAAAUAUUCAAAAUAGUUCUUUAGGAAUGUUACCCCGUUCGCCUAUUCCGUCAUCUGAUUCUAGUAGUCAGCCAUUGAUUUAUGGUAAUCAAAAACAGAGUCAAACUGGGUCACAAAUUGGACAAUUUACUAAAAUGGUUUCGAAAGAUCAUUUGUCAACAUCGAAUUCAAUGAUAUCAAAUUAUUCUCAAUCAUCGACACGGUCUUCGAUAUCACCAGAAAUAACAUCUAAUUCUGGUAUUCAGAGUGCAGUCAUUGAUCAAUAUAACCAGUCGCCACGAUCGACAUUAGAAUCUACGACACUUACUCCAUUGAAAUCUAAUCCAUUUAUGAGUCAUAUAGAACCUAUGCAACGUAUAGCAUCACAAGAACAUCAAAGUGAAUCGUCGUCGAUUAUGCCUUCAAAUGAUAAUCAGAAUUCAUUUAAUGCGAAUGUUCAAGCGACUUCUAUGCCGACAAUAAUGACCUCUUCUUCAGAUAACCCUAAAGAUAUUAAUAAUCUUCCAGCUAUAACAAAUUUCUCCCAACAUCAGCAAACUUCACAACCAUUUAACGCAGAGAUACCUACUAAUCAACAGCGGCAACCUUCUAAUCAGAUUGGAAAUAUUGCUCAAAGCAGUAUUGCUGAAAACGCUACACCUAAUCUUCGUUUACCCGUUAGUAGCGGUAUAGCUGGACGUAGGAACAUUAAUUCUCGUCAAGUGUCUCGACAACCCGAGAAAACUACUUCUGUAUCAGAUAAUUUACCUUCAACAUCAUCAUCAGUUCCUGACCAAACAACUUCAACACCAUCUAAACCUCAAAAGGUAAAUUAUGCUCCAAAAACAAGAAAGGUGGACAGUUACGGUGGUCUUGAUCUGAGAGUUUUUGAAAAGUUUUCUUUACCAUUGACUAUUCCUGGAAUUCAAGAAUUAGGUGCUGUAGACGUACAUGCUCUUACAAUGUCAUUAAAAUGUGGUAUGAAACUGGAAGUUACAAACGCUCUUAAUACAUUAACCACUUUAUCAUAUAGAAAUUGCUUAGAAUUAAAGCAAUGUGGAGAUUUAAUUGAUGUAUUAUUUGAUAUGGUGUUGGAAUACGUUGAUUAUGUAUCUCUUAAUGAGGAAAUAGUAGAAGAAAGCAUUAUAUCACAACGGAAAUUCAAAUCAUAUCGAGAAUUAUAUCAAUUAUCUAAACAAGAGUGUGAAGAAUUUGCAUUAAGAGAUUCCAUUUCGGAAGAAUGGUUGCCACUACAUGAACAAUGUUGGUGUGUAACAAAUAUGAUAAGGAAUUUUUCGUUCAAUUUUGAGAAUCAGGAGCAUCUUGCUUCCCAUCCACGAUUCUUGGCAGUUCUCAUGCGGAUUUUAUAUAUUGGAUGUGACGAUAAUUAUAUGCAAAAUACUUAUAAUAGUGAAAAUGAUUUUGGAUCUGAUCUCAAAGCUAAACGUAUAAAAGUUAUUCGAAAAAGAGCGUAUUAUAUUUUGGAAUUACGCAAGAGUGUUUUAAUUAUUUUAUCAAACAUUGCUGCAUAUAUACCUUUACCAUCUAUUUAUGUCGCAAGAGAUUUAUUAACUUUAAUUGGUGACUUUAUGGAUAGCAUGGAUGAUUAUUAUUCUCAAAUUGCAUUAGAAGUAUUUUCUAAAUUGUCUGUUUCGUACGAUAAUAGACAACGGAUUGGUGGAUGCGAUGAAUCUACAUUAACAUCAUUUUUUCACUGUUUAAUACAAAUGCUUCCAAAGAUAGAAAAUGUCAUUCAUGGUGGAGCAGGACGCCUAGUGGCUCAAGAUUUACCUUAUUUAGCAACUUUAGUUAUGGCAAUUUAUAAUUUUGUGUGCCUGAGUGGGGAAGGGAUGAGAAAGAAAAUAAUCUCUACACCUGGGUUUAUAAGUAGGAUGCUUAGAAUGGCAAUAUCGUUAGCAGGUAUCCGUGAUAAUCGUGAUGAGGAUUGUAUUAUGUUAGCUAGAAGAGCUAUGGAGAUGUUAAAGGUCUUAGCCAAAGGAAAUGAGGAAUGUUUUCUUGUAUAUAAUGAACAAUUAUUACUUGCAGGCAGCUUAAAAAAAACACCUAAUAGUCCGUUAUCACGUAAUUUUAUGAAAAGUUUAGUGACAGAAGUGCAGACAAAAUCAAACUUGGCUCGCGACUUUAAUAGAGUGAACGAUAGUAUGAUCAAUCCUAAUUUUAUAUCAAAAUAUUAUAUUCCUAAACAAGGAGAAGUGUUGAAAUUUCUUCAUAGAUAUCUUCAAUUUCCUAAGUCUACUAAUGACAAUGAAUUGAGACGAAUCAAAUGUCCUAAUUGUCGUCAAAAAAAAGAUAGUUUUUAUACGGCCAUUAUUGAUUUAAAAAGUGGUGUUUAUAAUUGUAAAAUUUGCAUGAAAAAAGGUUGUUGGGGUGAUUAUAUGCAAUUAAUAUCAAAAUCUGAAUCAUACAAAAUCAUAAAUACAACAAAUUUAGAAAUUGGUUGUCGUUCUUCCUUUUCAAGGUCUCAUCAUGAAAUUGAAGGAUUUUCAAAUGCAUUACUAAAUGAUUCUGAAUUGAUUGAUAAAUAUACUAAAGAAUAUGGUAUAUCUUUAGAUACACUUAAAGCAUUCAAAGUGGGAAUUGCAAGAUAUCAUAAUAAUAAUCCAUCUUCAAAUGUUUAUUAUGAGACUGAUGAAAUGUGCUUUACGUUUCCGCGAACAGCGCCAUUUUAUGACGAUUUUAAAGAAAAAGGUUGUUUAGAUGCAAAGAUUACGCGAAUUAAAGCUUGUUCAACAGAAAAUAAUGAAUUGGUCGCUUUUGAUCCUCCAUCAUUUGUAACGGGCCUUUUUGGAUAUCAUUUAGCAUCAUUAGAUAGCGAAGAUAUUAUUUUGACGGGAAACGAACUUGAUGCAAUGGCCGCUUAUCAAGAAACUAAUAUACCAGCAACAUGCCUUCCUACCAAUGUAUAUCAACUACCUUUAGAAAUUCUUCCUUUACUAGAAAGGUUUUCAAAGAUUUACCUUUGGCUUGAUGAUGAUGUAGAAGGUCAGGGAGCGGCAGAAAAAUUUGCUCAAAAGUUAGGAAUUGACCGAUGCAUGAUUGUGAGUACGCGAUGCGGAGAUUUAGAUGGACCAAUUAAUGCAAGCCAAGCGAUAGCUUCAGGUCAAGAUUUAUCAGAAAUCCUUAAAAGAUCAAAACCUUUACAACACGAUCAAAUUAUAGAUUUUGAAAAUCUUAAGGACGCAGUAUAUCGUGAGAUUUCUAACCCAGAACAAGUUCGAGGUGUAGAAUCAAAAGAUCUUCCAGCAUUAAAUAACAUUCUUAAAGGACAUCGACCUGGUGAAAUUACUAUAUUUACCGGACCAACAGGUACGGGAAAGACGACUAUUUUGAGUCAAUUAUCUCUCGAUUAUUGUAAACAAGGAAUUAGUACAUUAUGGGGUAGCUUUGAAAUACCGAAUGUACGUUUGGCAAAAAAAAUGUUGCAGCAAUUCGCCGGAAAAGAUUUAGCAAAAUCUCCUGCAGAGUUUAAUAAUUGGGCAGAAAAAUUUCAACAACUUCCAAUGUAUUUCCUUAAAUUUUAUGGAAGUACUGAUAUUUCCACAGUAACUGAUGCCAUGGAUCAUGCGAUUCAUGCCUUUGAUGUUUCACAUGUUGUAAUUGAUAAUUUACAAUUCAUGACAGCAGAUCAAGGCAGGUAUAUAGAUCGUUGGGAAUUACAUGAUCGGAUAUUAUCAUCCUUACGAAGGGUUGCUACUGAAAGAAACGUGCAUAUUACUCUUGUUGUUCAUCCAAGAAAAGAUGAUAGAAAUAUGUUAGAUGUUAACUCUAUAUUUGGAACGGCUAAAGUGACACAAGAAGCGGACAAUGUUAUAAUUCUUCAAAAAGUGGAAACAGAUUCUGGUGAAAUAAGAUUAUUAGACAUUAAGAAAAAUAGAUUCGAUGGAACGCUUGCUGCUAUUCAAAUAGAAUUCGAAACCGAAUCCUUAAAAAUUAAACAAGUCAAUCCUGCGAAAAUAAAGAAACGAUCAUCAAUUUCUACUAUACAUGAUCCGAAAUUACUUAAAUACAAUGAUGAUUUGACACCUAAUAUACAAUAA